UGUCUUCCUCGUUGCCAUGACAACCAGGAGGGCUGGCCUCGACCACGUGACCCACAGCGGCAGGCAGAACCCAGCGUGCGUGCGUUCGUGCGUGUCGCGGACAGUUCGGCGGCCGUGGUCGAACCGAGCAGCAGAGCCGAUUCUCCCUGUCGCCUGGAACCCCGAUCCAGACGGGAAAGAAGAGCAUAGCUAGGAUGGAGCUCUCGGCGAUGGGCGACCGCGUCUUCGCUGCGGAAGCCAUACUGAAGCGCCGCGUCCGAAAGGGGAGACUUGAAUACCUGGUGAAAUGGAAGGGAUGGGCAAUGAAGGACAGCACCUGGGAGCCAGAGGAGAAUAUUCUGGAUGACAGGCUGAUACUAGGCUUUGAGCAAAAGGAACGCAGCGGGCCAAAAAAGCGGGGGCCGAAACCCAAGAACCCCGUGAUAAAGGCUCAAAAAGGAGAAACAAGCAAUCGAUGCACAAAAUCCCGCCAGGCGACAGCGCGCUCCGCUUCCAGCCGAGCGACUCCUUCCUCCUCGUCCUCCUCCUCGCCUCACCCUUUACCCCCCACAUCCCCGAAGCUCAGCUCCCUGGCCGCAACCCACAAGCUGAAGAAAGACAUUCACCGCUGCCAUCGCAUGUCCCGCCGCCCCCUGCCCCGCUGCGACCCCAUGGCGUCCUCCUUCUCCGGGCCCGGCAGCUUCCCGUCCCGCCCUCACGCUUCGCCUUUCUCUGAGACGGUGCGCAUCCUCAACCGCCGCGUGAAGCCCCGCGAGGUCAAGCGCGGCCGCAUCAUCCUCAACCUGAAGGUAAUCGACAAGCCGGGUCGGGGCGGUUCGACAGGUGGGGGCUCUCGGAGUCUCCCGGGUGGGCGCCAGAACAUCCCCUCCCGCAAUCGCAUCAUCGGGAAGAAGGGAGAAGCUCCGUACAGACCUUUCCAACCCCCGCUGAAGAUGCUCGGCUUCCCCAUGUACGGGAAGCCAUUCGGGUUGCAGUGCGGGGGCCCCCUGUCCUUUCACACUCAACCGGGGUCCUGCAACGCCAGGAACACCCGCCCGGUCCCGUCCCACUUCCAGGCUUGCGCACCUCCUUCCCCCUCCAGUGGGAACCCUAAACCCUCCCAGUCUGUUCCACCAUCCAGUGAGCCGCCGCACUCCAGCAAAAGUCCCACAGAAUCUCCAAAUAUCCCCCCAUCCGCUCCUGCCAACCCCGCCGCGUCGCCCAUCCUGCCGACCGGCGAGGACGCUGGCGACGCCCCGGGCGCCUCCCUGCCCCAAGGUGGCGGCGGCCCGCCAGAACAAGCCAGGGUGCCCGCCGAGGGUGACCCCGACUGGCACCCGCAAAUGGGACCCAGCUGCAAAGACGUGGUGGUCACCGACGUCACCACCAAUCUGGUCACCGUCACCAUCAAGGAGUUCCCCUCCCCCGCUUCGGGCCCCGCCUCGCCAGUCUCCGCUGAGGGCGGCUUGUCCCCACCGCCGUGCGCCACCCCUGAUACCCCAGAGACCACCCCGCCCAAGCCUUAACAAGUCAUGUGGUACCACCACUGAAUAUUACUUCCCCCUGUCCAGUUGAAAAUUCAGCUUUUACAAAGGCUCACUUUUGCGAGGUAUUAAUUUAACCAUAAAGUAAUUCCCCGCUAUUUACGGGAGAUUGGGACCAAGCCCUGCCGUCAACUGGUAAAAUGCGUGAGUUAAUUGAUUAGUAAUGAGACUAAUUACUUUAUAACUGCCUGUAUUACUAGUUUCAACCGUAAACAGACCACAAACUGUGUUCCCAUUUCAAACUCACCUUAAUUUACUUUAAAAGAAAAAAAAAAAGGCUUAUACAUAGAUUGGAUUGCGGGGGAAAAAAAGUGCGUGCACCUGCUCAUGCGGUGAAGAUUCUCCGUAACUUUACAAACGAGGUUAAUCUGGGCUCCUCCCCGCCAUACAAGGUUUGUCUCUCAGUCAAUAUAUGUCACUUCAACACAAACAUUGCGAAUAGGUGGUGGUAGGUUCAACGGAAAAUAAAUUAUGGCUACAUUUGUGAAGAGCGAAUUGCAAAUCAGCAGGGGAUCUUGAAAUCGCUUGAAUUAUACUUAUUUUGACAAAUGACUUGCCUUUUUUAGGGCCUCAACAAUCUCGUAAACAACAGUUUAGCAUACACACCCAGUAGUGCCCCUUUAAAAAGUUGGAACGAUUUAAACUCGCGUCACCAAUUUCACAGAUUGAAGCAAAACUGGGCAAACAUUUUUAUCAUGACCGGACGCAGGAAAAAGUUUCAAGGACUCACGGGCCCUCUUCGGAUUCUCGUUUUUGCUUAGGAACUUUCCUAUCCUAGCUCAGCGAGUUGAACUGGAAGUACUUGGAGGUCAGGUUGUUUUGAGUUCUAAAAAUGCUUAGGAAAGGUGCCUCGAUGCCAGCUUUAAGCCACCUGUAAGCAUAGGUUUCUCCUGAGCAACCUGGACGAGAGGAAAGGAAUUUUCUUACCCACAAUCCUUUAGCACAGCAGCAAUAUUUAAAGCAACAGACCACCGACGAGGUUUACAGACUACACGAAGACACGAAUACAGUCCUCGCGAACAAUAGAACAUAAAGUGAACAUAAAAUUUGCCUCAGUAAUGCAAGACUAAUAUUAUAUCCAUAUGAAAAACAAUGCUGUAAACAUAUAAAACAGAACAUUGACGAGGGGUGAAACUCAAUCGCGAGGGGGUGACAUACAAUCACUGGCGAAAAGGCAGAUGAUCGUAUUACAAAAAUACAUAUUUGUUUUCAAUUGUUGUAGAACUAUUUUACAUGGGUACAAUCUGUGGAUUAUUUUAAAAGACACCUCUUUCAUUUUACAUAGUGUGCAGGUAAACCUGCAAGCUCGAGAUUUUAUGUCAGCAAUGCUCGCUGUUACCUCAGUUCGGAAAAGUGGAGCCGAAUCCACUUGAAACAGUGCUGUCCUUUCCUUUGGUCCAAAGGAGGCACCUUUUCAUGUCUUCUUGAACCUGUGACCUAUUCCCACAAAGCUUAAGGAAAGGUGUCAUAAAGGUAAGGAGAUUGGAGAAACCGAAGCGGUCAAAUUGAAGCAAAAGACAGCCAUUUUGGUCUGAGGCAGCCGUUUUGGACUCUGACUUUAGAAUUUGUCCAGUUGAGCCCCAAUCAGAAGCAGGUAUUUGAGACGGGUGCGUGACACCCAAGUUGCAAAGCUGAUUUGCAUGCGCCAUCUAAAGUAGCCAUCAAAGGUUGAUGAUCAUUUGAAGAUUCGCCACCAAAAGCUCGCAGUGGUGUACACCUGAUAUUCGAAUAUUUUGACACAAAUUCUAUACGAAAUUAGAAGCAGUCAACAAUGCAGCAUGAUAUCUGCAAUAAUACACACAUUGCUAAAUUAAUACCUCUAUGGAAGUGUUUCUUCUAUCCUAUUAAAAGAAGUGAAGAAUUAUCUAACUGAAUACAACUGAACUCCGCCCAGGUGUUGAACUGUAAUGUAUUUAACUAUAUUAAAUUGUAUACUUAGAAUUAGUUGGCAGCUACUAGGUCCUGCCUGCCACUUGGCUACACUUCGUCCACCUGCACAGCUGCGAUGCGUUCAUGCGCUCUUGGACAACCGCCAAUUUGUGAAGCGUGUGAAAGAAGUCUCAUGCGAAAGAGCUUUUUAAGCCCCUGCCCACUCCAACGACACACAUCCUUACGAUUUUGACGUGAUUGUGCACUGAACAUACAGCAGCACAGCGAGGUGAAUAAUGAAUGAAAUGCGCUUGACUGCAUCUCUAGUCUAUGUAAUUCAUUAAUGCCUUUCACCUUGAACGCAUAUACAGUAUACACACAAAGUACGAGUAUUUGUAUGCACGCACACUCGUGGUAAGCCGCAUCGGUAGACUUUAUAAGUUAUGGCCGUCCUUGUCGCCUUCCCCUCAACCCCCCGCUUGCCUUGACGCUAUCCGUGACUCUUGUUUAGUAACUUUGCCAUGUGUCAAGGUCUGGAAGGUCCAUGACAACCGUUUUAAAAGCAGCAUAGGCACGUAAAUCAAUGGUAAUCAUUGAUUGGUUGAUGCAGAACUAUCAAAGGGGAACUAAACACAAAGAAUUUUAAAGCAACAAUACAUUGUACGUGGCAGCACUAGUCAAAACACGGUACUCUGAUUAACAAUGUGUUUUUUGAAUAAGUAUUAAACGGGAUAAUUAUUCAACGUAAGGUACCUUUCGAACUCUCUCAAGGGUGGAAAGACUUAAAAAUGGUGGCCCCCAUAAGCGAGUAGAUGCAAUGUUUUUAAAUGUAUUUUUUCAAAAUAGCGACUUUGUAAUUUAAAUAAACAGCAGCUGAUAAAUAAGAUAUGCACAUUUAACAUAUAGCAAACUUUUGACAUCUUGGGUUUAGUUCCCCUUGAAUUAUUGAUUCUGUUCAUGUGUCCUUUUUAAUCCUAUCCAUUAUAAUGCUGUGAAGUUAGAAGCGGGACAAUGUUUUUUCACUUCUUCUAUUCCAUCACGGGACCUACGACAAGCCUCUUGUAUACAUGGUAAUCCAGCAAAAUCGCUGCAUCACAGCCGUAAUGGGAAAUCCGGCAUGCUUUUUACACAGCGACCCACCCGUUUUGCAACCUGGAACCAAGACAAUUGGUUACGUGACUAUGCUGAAAUAGUAUAGCAGCGGGCCAAGUGAACGGCAAGAGUGAAACUUCGCACCCCAUAUCCGCCGUCCCGGCAUUCAUAAUCUACACAGGCGUUGUCCCGCCUAUGUUACGGCACUGAAGCUACCUCCAAAGCGGAAUAUCGGCGGGACGACUUGUUCCGAUAAAUCCUGACUUGAACGAGCUUUGUAAAUGGGGCUGUAGUAGACGUUCAUGCCUGAGAAGUACAAAGUGCACGUUUGCACUUGGCCGUUUGUUUUCUUUUCAACCCAGUUCUUAUGGGUUGGUUUGUCUACAGAAUACAACUCCUCGGGUUUUACUUGAAUCCUUAACAAUUAUUUGCCUAAUUAUUAUGCUGAGUCAAAACCUCCUCAGACCUUGACACGCUGUUGCGCCCUCCUGUUACACAGUAUUACAGACUUCCCUUAAUACGUUGCCUUAUAGCUGCUCCGUUCACCCCUAGUUGCACUCGGCUCCGAAAAAACAAACACUUGCACCGUUAGCCUGCCACAACUUAAGCAUGAAUAUGAAUACGCAAGCUGUAAAAAAUAGAAACAGGACCUCUCCUCUUGUUUUUCUGCAUACUUGAUGGUUCUCAUUGUUGUCAGUACUCAUGGUUUCGCUCGGGAGGACUCAUUCCAAAAAUGGGCCACAUGAAGAAACAAACGCGUCUUUUGAAGUUGAUGUUUGGUAUGGGGUCUUCCGAGGAGUAUGUUUAAGUUGUGGGUCGAAGUUCAGUAGAAGUGUACCAAGGUGUUAGGCUACUAGGUGUUCUCGUCCUUUUUUGUUGUCAUAAGGGGUAGCACAACUUGACUUAGUGGCCUAUUUUUCUACCAAAUAGGGCUUGUGAUUUUUAUGUUUUUUUUUGUUUUUUUUUUAGCCGUGUUCACCACAUCCCCUAUUUUUUUUUUUUUUAAAUGGUUUGCUUCUUAUAUAUUGUCCAGUGCUAUAUUUAGCAAUAUUUUUUAAAGGAAGGAUCCUUGUUUAUUGAUUUAAAAAAAAAAAAAAAACUGCUUUUUAAGCCUCGUUUUCUUUGUACUGUAUUACGACAUUCUCGAAAUAUGCAUAAUUAUGUUCAAUGUGAUGCAAUUCAAUGUGGGUUUGAACCAGAAGGCUGUCUUUCUUUGCUCGUAUAUGAAUUGUGUAUACGGGUGACAUUGUAAUGUAUCUUUCUGACGCAUGUUUUCAAUUGUACAAAUGAUAGAUAUAUUCGCUUGUCAUGUUACCUGUUAAAUCUUGUUGCUUUGUGUUUUUCCUUUUAUGAGACUUUAAAUUAAAAAGCUGUCAAGAAGCA